GACCUGACCUCGCGACCGUCUGCUCUGCCAAAAAAGCCCCUGGCACCACGCAAACGUGGACGGCCGUAGACACGGAGAUAGAGGAUCCUCCAUAAUUCAUUGUCAGCGGCAAGUCUGCACCAAGUUUUGCUGGUGGACUGGGUAGCACAAAGGUCGACCCAGGAAAGAUGGGAAAAGAUGCAGAGAAUGAGCUCAUCGUAUAAGGCAGUUUCGAACGUCAGCUUGGGUGUCGAAGAGGGAUGUGAACUGUCAGAAUUUAUACCGUGGAGGCGCUUGGACGGCGGCAGAGAUGCAGGCGAGAGGCGAUGUUUGGUCAUGAUGGUAAAAAGUGAAGCCAAGUCUGUCAGUCCAGUUUGUACACCCUCUCCCAAUAAUGGCUCCCUCUCGAGGUACUCAAGGUACUCAAGCUCUGGCAAGGACACUCCAUGUUACCCUCGAUGGCCAUAAGGGGCCCGUCAAUGUCGCUCGCUAUGCGAAAGGCAGCGCGAAAUACAUCCUUACUGGCGGCCAGGACCGUACAGUUCGACUCUGGAAUGCCAAUCUGGGGACAGAAAUAAAAGCCUUCGCCUCCCAUGGUUACGAGGUCCUAUCCAUCACCGUCGCCCAUGAUAAUGCAAAGUUCGCCUCCUCAGGUGGGGACCGCUCUGUGUUCGUGUGGGAUGUCGCUACUGGAGUGACUACUCGUAGGCUGGCCGGGCAUAUGGGCAAGAUCCAUGUUGUUGAGUUCAAUGAGGACGCGAGCGUCGUUGCCAGUGGAUCCUUCGAUUCUACAGUGCGCCUGUGGGACCUGAGAGCUCAAUCCCGUCAAGCCAUUCAAGUUCUGGAAGAAGCUAAAGAUGCUAUUCAAACAAUUUCCAUUGACUCAACCACUAUCGUUACUGGAUCCGUAGAUGGAAAUGUUCGAGCUUACGACUUGCGCAAAGGGGAACUACGCUCUGAUUUUAUAGGCCAACCCGUUACGUCGGUUGUGGCUACCCAAGACUGCCAAACGCUUCUCGUAACCACAUUAGAUUCUCAUCUGCGGCUGAUGGAUAUGUCCUCGGGGAAAAUGCUGAACGACUUUACUGGGCACACCAACGUGUCGUAUCGGUGUCGCGGAUGUUUUGGACAUGGCGAGGCCUCUGUAGUAUGUGGAGAUGAGAAAGGAAUGGUAUGGGCCUGGGACCUUGUGGAUGCAAAGCUGCUUCAACCGAAUCCUCCUCCGAAAGUGCACGGAAAAAUCAUUACUUGGACCGAGCACCAUCCAAAUGGCGAGGGCGAGAUGAUUACAGCCAGCGCUGAUGGAACGUGUAAGAUAUGGCGCCAUCCGGAGUGAGCUCGGUUCUUGGAAGCUUGAAGGUCCACCAAUAGCAGUAUAAUAGUGCAAAUAGGAUAGCACUCCUCUGUAAGAUACACUAGCAUGGCAGAACAAAUCGCAAGUCUCGCAUCUAGAACUGGAACUAC